AUGCCGUGUGAUGCUUCUACAUUUUCACGCAAAAAAGGCGAUGAAACAUUUCUUACGCUGUCACGUGACUCACCGCUCAAUUUCAUCAAAAGACUCUAUAUUGCUACCCAGGUUGAACGCCGUAGAGACAACAUCAUCAACUCAACUCUUAACGCCUUACACGACAGCAAAAUUUCACCAGGCGCAUGGUACAGGUUUUGGAGCCCUGGUGGCUACGAAAUUAUCGAUAAGUGCCCACCACUCUUUUCCUGCGGCACUCAGUACCCAAUCUGGCUUGAUGGAAAACAUCCUGAUAUUGAUGGAACGGAUGCGAUAUCUUAUUAUGUGUGUCAACGCAGGCAACAUGACUGCUGUGCUUCCCGUUGGGUCACCCACAUAUUGAACUGCUCUGGCUAUUACGUGUACAAACUUCACCAAACUUCUUCACACGGCUACUCUGCAUAUUGCGCCGUUAUUCCGUCGUACAAAUGUAAAAUGAAAAAGUACGUUAUGUUUCGAGCGAACCUGAAAAUUUUUACAGGAACGGAAAACCCAUGCCCUCCAGAAAUGAAUUCUGAGAAUGGGUUCACCCCCGGCUGCACUGAUAACUUUCCUAAAUUGGAUGGCCAAGUUAAGCUGACAAUGAGCCAAACCGAUCCUUCACUAACUUUCUUUUGCGACUUUAGGGGAAGAAUCGAUGUGCGGACAGUUUUGGUGGCUGAUUGGUAUGUGACAAGUAUUGAUGACAACAACACCUACCACCUUCCUGUGUGGACAGAUCACAUGGUGGAAAGAAAGAGAUCUGUCUUAAAAGAAGAAUGGAUUAAGAAAAAGCUUGGAUCGAAUGUAUACUGUGAAAUUAGGUCAAAAUGGAAAACUAGUACUUCCAAAGUCCUCAGCAGGCCAAUAAGAAGCGAAACUUUAUUUGCAGGCAUUAAAUUAUUCAACAGAAUAAUCAACGUCACUGAAUCUGGCGGCGUUGGGAUUAUUCAACUACAGUCCACCAUUCCUGUUAUAUGUCUAACCAACAUAGAUGAAAGUAACUGUAAAAUUAUUAUUGAAUUUGCUUAUAAUCCACAGAGAGGAACAUACUAUUAUUCUGAGGACGAAGAUGAGAUAGUGUCUGGAGAUUGCUCAAUUACCUUAACACCUAAAAACUGGAAACAAGUCCACAACAUCUCCGUCAAAGCUGUUAGGGAUUUCAUGAAUGAUGGAAACAAAAAAAUUUAUUUAAACUUCAGAAAGAUUUUCACCACCGUGGCAACCGACAUGUGGAAUGAAUACCAAAUACCUUCCGUUGAGAUAAUGGUUCUUGACGUGCAUUCUGCUCUGUGUAGCUCUUACGGAGAUCCACAUAUACAAACUUUCGAUAAAACAGUUUAUGAUAUUUUCUUAGAAGGAGAAUUUCUUUUAUAUUCUAAUGAAAAUUUACGAACAAAGGUACAUAUACGAACUCAACGCUGCUUCAAUGCCGCCUGCAACUGUGCGGUGGCUGUUGCCGUAGACGACGACGUUAUAGUUAUUGACAAAUGUAAUAGAAAAAAUAAGAAAAUAGUUAAAGGCUCAAACUUUCCAGAUGGUUGGAACACUUUACACAGACACUCGUUGGAGCAAGGCAACAGAUUUGUUGACGGUCUGCGAGUUUUCGAACAUGACGAGGGCAGGAGAUACACGAUACAUACGCCAUCUGGAUCAUUUGUCGAUAUGCACAUGGUAGAUGAAUGGAUCAACAUCAAUGUUUUUGCUUCCAGUGAGGAUUUCAAUUCAUCAUCUGGACUGUGUGGCAUUUAUGACGGAAAUCCAAGAAACGACAUAAGUCUGAAUACAAACGACUACACUGAAAUUGACGAAAUUCUUUCUUGUGGCUCAAACGAGAAGUUAUGUCAAUUUGUUGAAAGCUGGAGAGUUCCAGAAGAAUAUUCUUUGUUUGGCAAAAUAGUAAAUUUCAAAUGGUCCCAGACUAGCAAAGUUUACCAGGAUGAACUUUUUUGCACGUGUAAUCUUGAAAAAGACCAAUCGGUUGUCGUGUGCGACCCUAAGACAGCUGUUAUGAACUCGGAAAGUGACCGAGAGAUGAAUAACGGAAAAGAAAUUAAUAAGAACAUUCACAUUCGAGGAAGAACUCGAUACGCUAGAGACACAGAAAAUGUUGCAAACAAUUAUAACUUGGACUCUUAUUUUGAUUCUGAGUUUAUUCAGGAUAGUAAUUUUCAUGGAAAGAGUCUUCCAAUUUUGAGCCUGGCACAGAAAAAAGAAUCCCAAUCAUACAAAAUGUGUGAAAAUAGCAUUAAAAAUAAUGCUGGAUUAAACUGUGUCAGUGCAGAUGACAUAAAGAACCUGAUCGAGACGUGUUACACUGACGUCCAGCUAAGUGGAUCAUUUGACUGGAAAGAGGCAUCGAAGUUGCAGACAUUCAAGUUGUGCAUCGACAACAUAGCAAAGAAUUCCACCUUGUGGAUUAAAAACGUCACUGAGCAAACUUCGACGAACACAACGAAGACAAAAGUUAACAAGAACCUGUUGAAGUUAUGUUUGCAGGAUUGCCAUAACAAUGGAAAAUGUGAAAACAGAAAAUGCUUUUGCAAUGAAGGAUUUGAAGGAGAAUAUUGCAACGUUAAUUCUUCAGCUGUUCCGCAGAACUUGCGCACAAAAAAGAUCUGCGAUUUUGAAACAUCAAACUGCAACCUAUUGCUGGUUGAAGGGAAGACUUUUAUGAAAAGCGACAAAAUCAUAUGUUCAUUCAAAAAUAAGACAGAUAGUGCAUGGAUGAAUAACGUUACAGCAAUAUUUGAAACGUUCCAAACCAUCUUGUGUCCCUCACCGUACAGCAAUACUGUUCCGCUACACAUCCAACUCGCCGUCAUCAUAGCCGAAAAACAUUUCUUUAAACAAGUGGACACAAUUUUUGUGUACGAUUCAAAAUGCUUAAACUGUACGAUAGAAAAUGAUUCUUAUAAAUGUUUUCAAAAGGGUGGAACGUGUUACAUUAAUCAGGAAUGUUAUGCAAACGGAAAUCUAAAUCCGAGUAACUGCUGCGAAAUAUGCAAUCCUUCAGAAUCGAAUUCAACGUUUACUGCCAGAAGAUACGAGUCAACAAUAGUAGCAUCAGCAGACGCAAACAUUUUAAUAAAAAGUUGUUCAAACAGAUCACCAAUGACAUUCAGAUUGCAGGACCCACCAAAUUGUAAUAAAAUAUAUCUAGACAGUCAAAUAUCGGAUAACUGCAACAGUAUGCUGGACAUUUAUUACGACGAAAAUGACAUCAUUGUUCAGCUUCGAGAAUGUAGAGUUAAUCCAUCGAUCUGCCUAUUCAAUCUGACGUUGAAGGACCAAUGUCGAGGUCACGAGCUGCAAAAAGUUAAUCAGUAUAAUUUCUAUUGGCCAGGAACCGGAAUAAAAGAUGAGUGCGAAGGCAAAUACAGCCAAAGUGAAUUUGUCACGACGCUGAAUGUAAAGGUAACAGAAAUAGUCUACGAACCAUUCCAAGCCAGUCAUUCGCAAUCUAAUGAUGGUGCAAGUUUUGAAAUUUUAAAGAUGGGGAAUGCAGAAGUCAGCGUGGACGUGAAGGGGAUUGUAACAUACCAAGCGCCGAGUACGCCUGGCCGAGAACAGUUCCGAGUCAUCCGGUACCAAAACUGUGUUCACCAAAUUAAACUUGUUAAUGUCGAAAUAAAGGAAAACAAUUAGAUAAGAACAAACUUGUCAAAAAAUUUAACACUAACAUUGAGAUUAACAAUUUAAACUUAUUAACUCUAGAACAAAGGUUUUUUCAGCCGUAAUGAGUGUCAAUACUUA